AUGUUAACAACAGUUCAUAAAAAAAUUUUCCCCCUCACGAAAUCGUCAGCAUCAUUAGGAAGAGAUUGGAUCAGGAAAUUCGUGCUGAUGAUUGAGAGUCGUUUGAGUUUAUGGACUAAAAAUCUAACAGAGACACGUUUGAGAUGUCGUAGCAUGUGUGCUUGCUUUAUGUCCACAUUGACCCUCGCAAAAAAGAAACAAAAUUCCAUUUCAAGGGUGUUGGAAGAAGACAAAUGUGUUCCAUUAGCUUCUACUUUAAUGAAUCUUUCCCGAGAGGAGAAUGAAUCUCCCUAA